UUCCGGUGGACGCGGCCGCCAUGGCGCUGUUGGCGUCCAACCCCGGUAACCCGGUGGUGUUCUUCGAUGUCACCAUCGGCGGGCAGGAGGUUGGCCGCAUGAAGAUCGAGCUGUUUGCUGAUGUUGUCCCCAAAACGGCGGAGAACUUCAGGCAAUUUUGUACAGGUGAAUUCAGGAAAGAUGGUGUCCCUAUAGGUUAUAAAGGAAGCACUUUCCACAGGGUAAUAAAGGAUUUCAUGAUUCAAGGAGGGGACUUUGUAAACGGAGAUGGCACUGGCGUAGCUAGUAUAUACAGGGGUCCCUUUGCAGAUGAAAACUUCAAGCUGAAACAUUCUGCUCCUGGGCUGCUCUCUAUGGCAAACAGUGGUCCCAGUACCAACGGCUGCCAGUUUUUCAUUACCUGCUCCAAAUGUGACUGGUUGGAUGGGAAACAUGUUGUGUUUGGUAAAAUUGUUGAUGGGCUGUUGGUCAUGAGAAAAAUUGAGAACGUGCCUACAGGUCCCAAUAACAAACCCAAGCUGCCAGUUGUGAUCUCUCAGUGUGGGGAAAUGUAAAAACAGUGAAACAGAAACGUGGUUGGUGAACCGAUUGUUACAGAAAGCAGAGCAGGCAGAGGUCAAGAAGAGGAGAGGAGAAAGAGCGGAUUUAAGUCUCCCUGCUCAGUGCAGCCACAGAGCUGCCACCAGUGAAGAAUCAAGGAAUUACCAUGUUAGAUAGAACCUUCACUCGAAAAAAUGCCACGUGCUCAUCUGGAGGGAGAUGUUUCCAGCAUUUACUAUGGCUUUAUUCUGGUUAAACCAAUAGGUUCCAGACAGAGCUGAUGUACAAUGUUCUGUUUCCAUUUGUCCGCCCACUUUACCAUCAAAAACACGAGCAUUUGAACAAAUCUGUCUACAUUUCAAUGUGUCAGGCUGCAGCUUGUCAAAAAUCUGCUGGAUUAGCCUUUUGGUUGCUGAUUUUUCCAAUUCCCACAGGCAGGCACUGAGAACAGCAAAUCCCACAGUUUUUGACCUUCCAUUACGUGAUUUCCAGAGACAUCUGGAAUUGCCCACGAAGACGCAUCCGCGCUUCCAUAAUAGUCUUUCAGAUCUGCAGCACUUCAGGCUCUUGGGAGCUCCUCCUGUUUGAUGAAGUGACAACAGGGGAUGUAAUCAUUCCCUCAUUUCCCUGGUGCUUCUGGUGGCAUUUAUAAGCUUUUGAAGGCGGGGACAACCUUGUUAAUAUACUUUCUGCAGAUGGGCAGACCCGUGCACAUGGGUCAGGUCCCCUUCAGGCUUGUCCUCAGGCUCAAGCUUGUUGAUGAUUUCGUUUUGGAGUACGUGAUCUGUGGCCAACAUCCAACUUGAGACUGGAAGCUUUUAAUUUCUAGGUAUGAGGCUGGUGCCACCUUGCUUACAUCCCCAGCCAGGCCUUUGGAACUGCCUUUCUGCAGCCUGCUGCCUCUCAGCUUUCUGUAGACAACAAGGGCUUUUUUUUUGCCCAGUGUCAAGACAACUGAAUAAGUUACUUGUCAAGAUCCUUUCAAACCAGAUAGAUUUUAAGUUCAUAUGUAGGUGCAGCUGCCUGCUGUGGAGAUGCAGGACUUCUGGCUUCUCUAGCUCAGGACUGACAUGAGCAAGUAGCACUCGCUUGAAAACUGCUGUAGCAUCACCCAGUGUCACUGCGCAGUCUUGCUGUUGUAGGAUAUGUUGGGAAGGACUGUCCAGCAUUUCGGAUCUGUUUCUGCUUUGUUUCAGUGUUCCAUCCAUCGCUGGUGGUUAGGCCUGUGCUGGCUCCGUGCAGUUCCAACUCCAGCCAGUUCCCCACUGCCCGAGUCCUCCCCGCAGCCCAGGUCCAAGCUCUUGGCUCUUGACAUUCUCCUGAAAUUAUUUAGUACUUGGCAUCUAUUUUGUUUUUUACAUUUUGAAGUGUAAAUAAAGAGUUUUGUUAAAUA